AUCACACACUCCCGUAGUUUACUGCAUCAACAGACAAGACCGUUACCACAUAUGUGCAGGGUGUUCUCACAUGUGUCCUAUUGUGUUGUAACAGUACUGUUGCCUUAUAGUCCUAUGUUGUUUUCGUCCUUAGGUUUGCUUUGUGUCGUGUGUGACGACACAUCCAGUGGCAAACAUUAUGGGAUACUGGCUUGCAACGGCUGUAGCGGGUUCUUCAAGAGAAGCGUCAGACGGAAACUGAUAUACAGAUGCCAGGCUGGGACAGGGAUGUGUAACGUGGACAAGGCACACAGGAACCAAUGCCAAGCUUGUCGCCUGAAAAAGUGCAUCCAGAUGGGAAUGAAUAAAGAUGCUGUUCAGAAUGAACGCCAGCCAAGAAACACAGCUCAAGUUAGAGAGGACCAGAUCGAGCACGAGUUAGAACACCCGCUGGUUCCGUGUAAUGCCACUAUCAGCGCCACCCACCCGGCAUUUAGUCCUGGGACUGGUCACAGAUUUAUUGCUGGCUUGAUGCCCAUAGACAGGACACCCAUAAAAGAUGAUUCUGCCGACUCUG